AAACAACGAAUCAGCUGAUUGGCUUGUGGACUUUAGCAGAUUCACCGCCGUCCACUGUCUUUGAAUUAAUUUAAACAAUUUAAUUUAAUUUGUUAAUAAGAUGUUGUUGACUAUUGAGCAACACCUCAAAUGAUUCGAAGAUUAAGUAAAUGUCAUUCUGUGUCUAGCCUUCGCAUAGGCAAGGAAUGAUUAAUUGCGACAAGGUCUAUAUAGUAAACCAUUGAAAUCUGAUUGGGACAACGAGCAUGGACGGUCAAGUUAAUCGGGUGCCCGAUGGUGGGUUUGGGUGGGUGAUAGUCGCCGCCGUCGCCAUCAUAAAUAUGACCAAUCAAUCCAUAUUGUCGGUGUUUGGUCAACUUUUUGGUGGUGAACUUCGUCGGAUGAAUGAGGACACAUUCACAGCGGCUUUAAUAACCAAUCUUAAUAGCUUGGCUUUAAACUUUUCGGGUCUGUUUAUUGGUCCGGCCAUCAAGAGUUUCAAGCCUCGCAAUGUGGCAAUCUGUGGUUGUCUUUUUGUCUCCUUGGGCCUUCUUAUAUGCUCCAUGGCUACAGAGAGUUGGCAUUUCAUAGUGGGCUAUAGUUUCUUCGUUGGCUUCGGUUUGGGUCUCAUUUCACCCUCAACUUUUAUGGCCAUUAAUUCCUACUUUAGCAGUAAACGUGGACGUGCCGUGGGUGUAUCAUUAGCUGGAGCCGGAGUGGGUCAGGUCUUUAUGCCACAUGUUGUGCGCUAUUUUCUGGAUAACUAUGAUUUCCAAAUAGCCGUUUUGGCCAUGGCUAUGGUUUCAUUGACCGGGAUCUUUGGUGCCAUGUUCUUGAAACCUUUAAAUCCUCCGCUUCAGCAUAACAACCGUAAGCAUAUACGCCUGCUGUCCGAGAAAGAUGUAGAAAAAUGCCAAGUGACUCCACAGGCUGAGACUGUGCAUCAACCAUCUGAAGAAUCGUUUUCCAAGAAAAUGCUAUCCCGUUUAGUGCAAGCUCUGGACUUGGAAUUGCUUAAAGAUUUCGUCUUUUGGAGCAUCAUAGUGGGCAUGGCCCUAGUCUAUACGGCAACUAUAAAUUUCACUAUGAUCUUCCCGAGUUUCCUAAGGCAUUCUGUUGAUCUGAAUAGCCAAUUGGUUGCCACCUGCAUGUCUGUGGUGGCCUUUGCGGAUAUCAUUUGUCGUCUUCUUUUGCCUUGUUUGACCGAUUACCUUAGAAUACCCUACCGUGUGGUCUUCCUGUUAGGCACACUGGGCCUAUUUGUGGCACGCAUGUUCCUAGCGGAGACCAAGGAUCUAAGGGUUAUUAUUGCCAUGUCUGUAUUAACCGGAAUGAUGAAAUCUGCCACUGUCAUCAAUAACAAUCUAACCAUUUCAUCGCAUUGCCGAUCGGAAAAACUGGCUGGAGGUUUGGGUCUCAGUAUGAUGUCCAAAGGAUUGAUUGUCAUCACAGUUGGCCAGCUAUUGGGCUGGAUUCGUGACUACUUCGAUUCAUAUGUGAUAUGUUUGUAUGCCCAGAGUGUGAUACUAUUCCUGGUGGUGAUUGUGUGGUCUCCGGAAAUUUACUAUCGUUAUCGCAGGCAAAAGAGAACCACAACCAAAUCCAUAGAGACUACUAUUGAGGCAGGCGUGGAAGAGGUUGCCAAGCUCAAUGCUUAAAAUGAAGAUAUAAAAUGAGUUUGGAAUUGAAUGGUGGUCGGGGGAGAGGGGGUUUAUAUGUCAAAGAUGUGAUAGUGAAAUGGAAUCUCAUGUGGAUAGCUCGAAAUUUUUCCUACCUUGCUAAAAAACUCUCACAAAUGCCAAUUUAUAUAUCUAAAAGUCAAUUAUAUUGUAUAACUUUUGAUCUUCCAACCAAUUGAAAUAGGGCAUCCACAUUGGACUUUUGAAUUCAAGUUGAGAUUCAAUUCAUUGUAUGUUAAAUGUAAACACUUGUGUGCUAUGAUUAGAAAUGGAUAUUUUAGUAUAACCAAAUAGUAUUUAAGUCCAUACUCGACUAUUUAUAUACCCAUCUGCAUCUAUAUACAUAUUAGUAUUCCCAUCAUAAAUUAAUCGUAAAUUAGCUUUUGUACUGCUCAAAAUGAAUAAAAGACAUAUACAAAA